GCGACCCCUCCCCUUCCCUGCAAUGUCGCUAUGAGUCUCUCUCUUCGCCCCCUUUCCGCACAGGCCUCGCGUGUCCUUCUACUGCGCCCUGCUGCUGCUACUGCUCGGUUUCCCCGCACCGCCGACCUCGCGCGCAGCUAUGCCACCUACCGCGACAUAGGCCAACAGCCCGGAGCGACGCCCUCCCCGCGAAGGAGAAACGUCACCGUGUUGUCCGACGACGGCCGGUAUGAAUGGGGGGAGCUGAGCGGGCGGGAGAAGGUCGCGCGGGCAACGCAGCAGUCGGUCAAUCUCGCCGUUAUUUUGGUCGGCGCCACGCUUACUGGCGGCGUGUUUUACCUUCUCUACACCGAGGUCUUCUCCCCCAAUAGUCGUACCUGGCAGUUUGAAAAGGCCGUCGAGCGCAUCAAGGACGAUCCCCGUUGUACGGACUUGCUCGGGGACCGGCGCGAGAUUACGGCUUUUGGCGAGAAUACUUGGAGCCGAUGGGCGCGGAACCGGCCUAUUGCGACAACCAUUGAGAAGGAUCGCCUGGGUCGUGAACACUUGCGCAUGAACUUCCAUGUUGCCGGCCCGCGGAACUCCGGCGUCGUUGUCGUGCACAUGAUGAAGCCGCUCGACAAGUCCGAGUGGGAGUAUCAGCUUCUUGCGCUGGAUGCUAAAGGCCACUCGCGUCUGAUUCUCGAGCAAGCCCAUGACAAGCCUGGUGUGGGCAAGGCGCUAAAGAUCUUCGGCAUCCAAUGGCGAUAAGCAUUGAUGCUGGAUGUGGUGUGGUCAGUAUAUCAGAACAUGAUACUGACUCGAUUUCCACGGCUAUCUAGACCCAGCUCCGCGGUCGGAGUGUAGUAAGGCGUCACGAAAGCGUGCCUCAUCUUUGUACACAUACCCCGGCGGGAGACUAGCCGAGGGAUUCUCAAGAGCAAAUCGGACUCGAUCCAGUGUUCUCUAAGCCAGUGCUACUAUCCCUGGCCAACUAUUCGCUUGUACCAUAGAAUGAAC